AGCCGCCCAAGUUUGUAUAUACUCCACCAGAGGAAGUUUAUGAAGAUGAUGGUGCUGAUCUUUACUUAAAUUGCUCAGCUUCGGGUUCACCUAAAAUAAUGGUUGCAUGGUACAAGGAAAAUGACCCAGAGCCUAUAGUGUCUGAUAGACUUAGUGCCAUGCUGUUCAUACCAAGAUUCACAGUAACAGAUGAAGGAUCAUACUAUUGCCGGGCAUCCUUAUAUGAUCAGGAGAUUGAGGACAGAACUGUCCUUAAACUGAGAACCCCUCAUCCCCAGGUAGAAUCAGUUGUGGUAUCACCUGCUGUUGUAGGGGACGACUUUACCAUCACCUGCACUGUCUCUAACUGGAAAGGACAGGUAUUGUUCGUCCACAACAGGGAGCCUGUAAACCUAGAACAAGGCUCGCGCUAUUCAGUGGACACCCAACCACAAGGACAAGUUAAUGGAGAGUGGCAUACUGUGGCACAUGCCCUCUCAGUCAGACAAGCAACACUUGGAGACUCAGGAGUUGUGGAGUGUUACCUUACCCCAGAUAUUUUUGGUUCAACUGAUGUUAUGAUUAAAGAACACACUGGACUGAUAUCAACCCCAGAGAGUACUGACAAAAUCAGUCAGCCAGACCCAACAUUAUCCCCUGGAAAGAUUGUGGAGUUGAGGGGUCCUUCCAUUGUGACGGAAGGGGCAACACUUCUACUUACUUGCCUUGUCAGCCCAGUUGUCCAACAUGAGAUUGUGCUGAUACACGACAUCUUCAUACUUAAUCUUGGGGAUGUCAAAAUAACUGAGGAUCCUCGUGUUGAGGUCGUACAAGAUGUAUCUACUGAUGGAUCCAGAAUACUUUACCUAAGGAUAACCCAGGUUACAGAGAAUGAUGGUGGAGAAUACCAGUGUGCUACAUCAACGGAACCACCAGCUCAUUCAUCAUUGAACAUUAUUAUAAAGCCAUCUGAGACUGAAAUUCCAGUGGGGAGCGUUACUGAGACACCAGACCCUCACACAACGGAGGAUUAUACCUCAGCACCUGGACUACCAGUGAUUGAAGGUCUGAUACAGGGGGAAAAGGUGGAAGUUGGAAGUUAUUUAAAGCUGACAUGCAUUAGUUAUGAAGGUUUCCCACUUGCAACACUGAAAUGGUAUAAGAACACAGAAGAACUACCUUCUGAGACUCGGUACCUAGGGGACAGAUCAGAGGCAGAUCUGUAUAUUGAGGUGCAAGAGUCAGAUGAUGGAGCAGAAUAUCACUGUGAAGCAUCCAACUUUGUUACAACAGUACCACUCACGGCAGCAAUAGUUCUCACCAUUAACAAAGGUAGAUGUGAGUUCCCUUCCAAGUGGAUUGGUGACUGGUACCAGACUGAUGUAGACCAGAAAAUGAUAAUCACAACUCAGAAAUUUGGCAGAAAUACUUGCAUCACAUCUUCUAGCAUGCAUUAUCUGCUUCAGCAUUUCAGGAAAGACUGUUAUCGAUGUGUUCAAGUAACAUCGCAACAUCCAAACGUGCUUCAGUACAGGAAAUCUAAAUGCAAGAAAAUACAAGACAUUGACGCCAUGUGCUCUACCAUUACUGAAGAUAACCACCUUCACACUAUGAUUCGUAUCAAUGGUAAAUCAUCCAAGUGUCCAUUUACUGGCCCUCGCAAAUUCAUGUAUGAAUUACCACAGGGAGAGUGCACCACCAAAGGUCUCUCAAGAAUCAUGUCUGACAGAGUCACUAACCUGAAGUUCUGGUAUGCUGCAUGUGAAGACUCUUUGAACACAUAUGAUCCUUCAAUAGAAACUGAAGAAUAUGAAUGUACUGCAACUUGGUCUGAAGGUUCUACUCAUUAUUUGAUUGGAGAGCAAGAUGGACCCUCUCUGUCUUUAAAGGAGCGGUAUCGGUGUUUUACAUACAUCCAAGAGCAAUAUGAAGAUUUUUAUCGCAUGAGUCAUAGAAAUACUGCAACAUGUGGUGUUUUAGGUGAAGACUUCAGUAAGACAUAUAAAAUCUUCAGCUUAACAGAAGAGCAAUCAUUCUCACUGAGUGGACCUGGGGAGACUCAUCUUACUGCAAAGCCUUUUGACACUGUCAUCUUGACAUGUAGGGCCGGGGUCUCCUUAAAUUUUUAUGUAAAUAACAUCUACAGAGAUAUUGCUUUGAAAUGGGAACGUAAAAUUGAUAAUGAAGUUGAAGAGAUUACUUAUGAUGAACAUGUGCUUCAUAGUGACUCACCCAGAAUUUCUCUAGAACUUGACAUGGAUGGAAAUGGUACCAGAUAUGAUUUGAUAAUCAGUCCUGUGCAAGUUAAUGAUACUGGGGUUUACACAUGCACCUUGGAUAAUAAUGAUACAGUCCUGACCCGUGAAAUCAGCCUAUCUGUGAGUGGAGCACCACAAUACGACAGCUGUGAACUUCCUGACCAUUGGGCUGGGGACUGGUGGACUGCCAGCAAAGUUUAUACCAUCAGUGGUAACAACUUUGGAGACAAUAUCUGCACAACAUCCUCUGGUAACAAGUUCCUCAUGAAAGAGAACAAUGGCUGUUACAGCUGCUUUAUCAUGACUGAGAAGCAUCACAAUGUAAUUAAUUACCAGAGAUCUCCGUGUUCAAGAUAUUUGGAUUUGAAAGCAGUCUGCUCCAUGGUAGAAAACAAUGAUCAUCAUGCUGUAAUGAUACGCAAGAAUGCUGUAGCCGCUUGCCCAUUCACUAGAUCCCGGUCUUUCAUCUAUCAGUUGGAACAUGGGAGAUGCAGUGAAAGAAAAUCCAUGCUCUUAUCUGAGAAAAAUGAUACAGAACUUUUAUUCUUAUAUAAUCCUUGCCCAGAUCAGACUAACCCAAAUAUUUUUCCAUACCCUAAAAGUGUUGGUUGUGUGGCUCAAUGGAGUGAAGGAUCCACUAAUUUCUUCAUGGGGAGGCUUGAAGGGUUACUAAACACAAGAGAGAAGUACAUCUGUUACACAUACAAGGAAGAGAAUAAUGAAGAUUAUAUCUAUCGUAUGAGACAGACAGCAUCUGAAAUAUGUGGAGCUUUGGAGGGAAAUUCUGGUACAACAUACAAAGUGUACGGUGAAUCUCAAGCACCUGACCCACCAGUUAUUGAAGAAAAUGAAAGUAAUACACAAGUAGAGGUUGGGGAUACCAUAAGAAUGACCUGUACUAGCGAUAGUGGGUUUCCUCCUGCAAUAUUGAAGUGGUUUAGAGAUAAUGAAGAGCUGUCUUCAGAAACUCAACAAGAGAAGGAAAGUUCCAGGGCCUACUUAGACAUUGUGGUAACAGAAUCAGACAGGGAAGCAGAGUACCGCUGUGAAGCUUCCAACUUCGCCACAACCAUCCCACGCAACACAACUACUGUACUUACGUUCCGCAAAAAUUUUACAAACAUUAUGUUGUCGCAAGUAGUGGUAGUGGAGGACCAGACAGUUUUUUUGCCCUGUGCUCAAACCUCCCUAGUUGACCUUCAGAUGGAUUGGUAUGAUGCAGAUCUCGCUCUCAAAAUAACCUCUGGAAAUGAAACAUUAACUCAGGAUUCCAACUACCAUCCAUAUAUGAAAGAUGGACUUCUAGGUCUGAUGAUAACCAAGAGCUUCCUUGACACCACUUAUGGCUGCUCAGUGGAUGGAGUAAAGUUGGGAAAUACAACUUUAGUUAUCCUUCCACGAUACUUGCUUGGAGAGGAUUCUCUAGAUACACAGGAGUACUUUAAAGAAACUGAUACCAGGUUGCAAGUUGAUAAAGGAGAUUCAGUAACAUUAGACUGUUCCCUCAGUGGCAACAUGUCAUCUGCUGUGGUUAGUUGGUGGCAUUACCCAGGACCUUCUCUCCUGACCCAAGGAAACAUAAACCUAGCUAAGGCAGAUGGCUACACUGUCAGUGUUUUGCAGAACUCUUAUUUACUGACAAUGACUAAUGCCAGUCUUACACACUCUGGCUUGUAUACCUGUCAGUUGGCUCUUAAUGAAAUAGAAAUAUACUGGAAAAACUUCACACUUUAUGUUGAAGGAUUGGUCUGGGUCCAUCUUGGUGAAGCUGUCAGUGUUAGAUGUUAUUCACCAUUUGGGGAAGCGGUCAAGUUUGUACAUAAUGAUGAAGAUAUACUGUAUACAUAUGUGAGUGACACAGAGAAAUAUGAAUGGGAAAGAUCAGAGGAACUUCACAGAAAAGGGGCCAUUUUCACGCUUACUGUCACUUAUAUAACUGAAGAUGAUCUUGGCGUAUACACCUGCAUAAGUACUAAAGAUUCUUAUCAUAUCCUCCAAGAAACUCUAUUGAAAAUUUUACUUCAAGGUGAAUCAACAACAGACUAUCCUAUUCUAAUUCAGGAUAAUACAACAGUGAGACCAUCAGAAAAUUUUGAAUAUGAGGAAGAAACUCCGAAGGAAGUGAAAGUGGAAUAUUAUUACGAAUCCUUCACAGAGCCAACAAACUCAACACCAGCAAUCAUAGUGCCACCAACUAUGGCACCUGCAACCACAGAGUCAACAACCACAGAGUCAACAACAACCACAGAGUCAACAACAACCACAGAGUCAACAACAACCACAGAGUCAACAACAAUCACAGAGUCAACAACAACCACAGAGUCAACAACAACCACAGAGUCAACAACAACCACAGUCCCACCUGUUAUUUAUAAAAAAGAAAUUCUUAGCUGUAACGGAUACACUCUUGAUGAUAUCACUUGGAAGCAUAAUGGAAAUCUUGUGUUCCUUGGUACGCUGGAUGUUGGUGGCAUUGCUGAUUUAUCGCUGUCAUCCGAUGGUGCCUUAGUACUAGCUGAGGGUCCUAAUAAAAAUAUUCGAGAUAAUGACACCUAUAUCUGUUAUAUUGAAACAGAUGUCACUGAUGUUGCAGUUGCAACAUAUCAUAUCAGUUUAAGUGGAGAAGACACCUUCAUCAAGACAUCAAUACAUAACACAGAAGAGACUCCAGAUAUUGAACUUCUAUCCAUACCAUUGCCAGAACUUCAAUUCUUGGAAUUAAAAGAGGAAGAGGUUGCAAUUUUAACAAAUACAGAAAGAGUUGGAAAGAGAAUUCUAGAAGUACUUGAGAAGGGAGGACUUAAUGUCAAGUUGCUAGAGGAAAUAGAAUGUAGGACCCCAAAUGAAACUCGUGAUUGGUCAGGAGCUCAAGAAGCACUUGAUGAAUGUGAAUACCAAGCACGAUUAUCUGGUGACCUUGCAGCGAAUCAGAGUGUUUUUAUUGGCAUUGAUUUCUUUGUUGAGAUAGCUCCUUCUAGUUGGUUUGCAGUGACUCGACUAGAUGUUCACAAUGUAAAGCAAGGUGUAUCUUUGAAUGUCUUUGCUCCAAUGGUUCCAGUCCCAAGCAGUGACAUUAUUGGACCCUCUCAGUUUAAUGAUCAAGUUCUUAUACUGGUAACAGAUUCAUGGUGGGAUACUGUCCAGGGUGCAGACAACUCUAUUGGUAAUGCCCUCACAGCCUCCAUGUUAUCGUUGCAAGAGUCCUACCUUAACCUCAUAAAUGGAGAAUUAUUUUACUGAGGUUUUUAAAAAUGCAAGCACAGCAAGCCCACCCAGUUUUUAUUUUUUUUUUUUUGUGUGUGUUUGGGGGGGGGGGAGUUGUAAGCCCUCCCAAGAAAAUUUAAUUUUGUGAAAUCUGACCAAUAUCAUGAGCAUUUUGAAGCCAUGUGCACUUGAUAUUAGGAGAUAUUCUGAGGUCAGUAGUACAGUAAUUACUUUUUAUAAUACAAAAAUGCCUGUGUACAAUACUGCAUUAAAGAAAAAGUCUGGAAUUUUUGUAUGAAAGGGGAGGUCUGGUAGUGUGUGUGACCCCCUUUUCAAGUGCAUAACCUGGAGGUAAUGAUUUUUUCUAUAUAAACUGGUGUUCCAGAACCCAGUCUAACUCCUUUUACUUCCACAUAAUUUUUUAAGAGAAUGAAAGUUAUGCAGUACUGUCCUCUUGUUUAAGAAGGCUUUGUCCUUGUAAAAUAGAAUCUCAGAGAUAUUUUAUUUAAAAAAAUAAUAAUAAUUGCUCAUCAACUGGGUAUAGAUUCGUAUUUCCAAAAUGUAGCUUGACCUGUGUGAAGUUUUUGUUAUUUAUGGUUCAUUUUAUGCUAAAGUAUGCAUAGCUUAGAUCCCCUAGAAAACCAAUGCAACAUUAGUCCGAUCUUUUUGAAUACUCCAAAGUUCUAAAUAUAAUAAAGAAAAAAUAAAUUAAGUGAAACAAAUUGAUUAUAAGUAUUUUCAGGUAAUAGCAAAUAAUGCAAUGUACUUGUGACAAGGAAAAAAAUAAAUUGUAUAAAACAA